AUGGAAUUCCUUCAAAAGCUCACCAGAACUAGAAGCAAAGACAUCUACUUCUGCCUUCCACAAGAGUCUUUAAGUCAUGGAAUUCAUACACCGGUGAAUGACGGUGAUUACAAAGAAUUUUUGGAUUUGGCUUAUGCAAAUGAGAGGAGAAUGAAUGUGUAUGUGGACCACUAUAAUGAACCAAUCUUCGAAUGGAUUAAGGAAGAGGAAAAUGAAGAUCAAGACUACAGCUGUGAAGAGGAUGAAGACUCGAUAUUGUCGGACACUUAUUCUGUUGACCAUGAAGAAGAUAAUGCUGAAUAUCCAUUCCCAGCCAACAAAACCAUGGGUGACAGAUCAAAAGAUGAUGAUCUCGGGAAACAUAAUGUCACUUCAAAUGGUUAUUAUCAUUGGUCAUUUUGUGAUAGACUUGAUAGCACAACAACAUUUGAUGCUGAGUUUUGGUGGGGUCAAUCAUAUGAUUGCUUGGAAGCGUUUGCUAAACUUGCGCGAAGAACGUGCGAUAGGUUUGGAGGGAUUGGAUUUCGUGUUGUUUAUUGUUAUUGGCAAUUAAGAUCUGAUGGAUUUUAUAUAUCUCCAGUGAAUGUAUCAUUCCCUAAUCCAUCAUGGGCGUUUUCUAAACCUUGGGGUUCAGGUGGAACGCUUUGUAGUACGCAUAUAGUAUCGAAUAAAGCAUGA